AUGCCACAAAAUCCUGCACGGACCGACUGCGCGCACACUUCAGCUUCUGACUUGACAGAGAGCGGUUGUUUCUGGAAGAUGAACUGUGGAGACGGAUUCUUUCAUCCAAUGAGCGUAUCUCUCAAAGAUGGAUACGUCGGAAAAAGCUGUGAGAAGAAUUUCCGAACGAUACUCACGACUAAUCUGUCAGCGUUCACAAAGCAGCAAUAUUCUCGUGUGAAAGGCUUCAACCAAAUGUUUCACCUUCUUGAAUUCAUGAAGAAAUUAAUUCUUAUAGAUUUGUCAAAAACAAGCAAACACCACGGCGCGCAUAAGGAAUUGGGGCGAUUGGGAGCGGCGAUUGUCUUGUGUUCAGAUGCGGUGGCUGAUGUGUUCAAGUGUGCUUACCCACGACAGUUAGGGUGUUCACGUAUUCAUUUGAGCGCAUUCUUCAAAUGGAUCCAUGCAUUUCCGUUGGUUCACCUUGCUGUAUCAUGUCCAUCCAUCGGUCGUCGUUCACCCGAUCCCGUCUCUUCCGUUCAGUGUAGUAGUAGUAGUAGUAGUAGUAGUAGUAGUAGUAGUAGUAGUAGUAGUAGUAGUAGUAGUAGUAGUAGUAGUAGUAGUAGUAGUAGUAGUA